GACUCUAGUUGCACGGUUCCAAAGUGUCAUUCUUAAGGAGAAGAACCGACAAGAAACUCCAGCUAAACUAGCUGUCACCCGCGGCUCCACGUGUUUUAAAUAUUAUACACUAGACACUGCACUGUCUUACUUCUAUCUCCAAGAACAUGCGUACAAAGUUUCAUGAAGAUCUGUUCAGUAUUUUUUGCGUGAAGGUGUAACAAAUAAACUUACAUUCACAUUUAUAGUAUAAAAGAUAUAUCAAGAUUUUAAUUCCCAUUUCUCCUUCUUUCCAGAGCACAUGACCUUGUAAUUAGACGCCAUCCAGCAUCACAAUGGGCCACAAGCCGUUCCUCACAGUUGGCCAGUCGGCUCGCAACAGGCUGUUCGGCCUGGCACCGAACCCAGACCGCCGCGUGCCUCUUAGCAUGCUCAUAUCUCAACAGAAGAAAUUGAGUUGUGGUCGCCUAACUGUUAUACUUUUCAGUAUAUGCACUGUGGUUUUGGGAAUCAUCCUGUCGUUUGUACCUUGGCUGGACUAUAUUAUAUUUAGGGAAUUAAAACUUUGGAAUGGUUCCUUGAGUUACAGUUACUGGCACAAACCUGGUGUGAUACGUUUAACGAAAGUUUAUAUAUUCAACGUGACUAAUCCUCAAGGUUUUCUGGAGCAUGGAGAGAAACCGAAGCUGGUUGAAGUCGGACCUUUUGUUUAUAGAGAGGAUAUGGAGAAAGUGAAUAUAAAGUUUCAUGAGAAUGAUACCGUGACUUACCAGCAUAACAAGAUCCUGCGAUUUGUUCCUGAACUCUCUGUGGAUAAGAGCCAAAAGCUUGUUGUACCUAACAUACCGCUAUUGACUGUAACCUCAUUUUCUCCGAACCUGGCGAGUUGGUUGUUCAACCUGCUGGUCUCCGGGCUGGCUAUCACGUACCGAGAUCGAGCGAAACCCUUCGUUCAUGUGACAGCUGAAGAAUUAGUUUUCGGAUACAACGACCCGCUCGUGACGCUAGCCCACUACUUUUAUCCAAAAGGAAAGAGACCAAACAGUCAGAUGGGAUUGCUUCUAGCCAGAAACGGCACUCUGGAUGAAGUAUCAACGAUGUACACUGGGCAGAAAAUGGACCAGUUCGGUUACAUGGACAGGAUCAACGGGCUGGACCACCUGCCUCACUGGAAGGACAGGCCAUGCAAUGAUAUUCGUGCAUCCGAAGGUUCUUUCUUUCCUCCUCGCUCCGUGACGAAGGCCGAUAUGAUCCACAUCUACGAUAAAGACCUGUGCAGGAUACUGCCUCUGAAAUACAAAGAGGACGUUUAUAAGGAUGGUAUAAAAGCAGGCCUAUACACGCCACCACCUUCGACCUUCGAAAGCGCGGACAUCAACCCGGAUAACAAGUGUUACUACCCCGGGGAAAAAUGUCCUCCGCGGGGACUGCAAAAUAUUAGCCCCUGUCAAUACAAUGCUCCAGUGUACCUAUCGUUCCCGCACUUCUUCGACGCUGACCCCUCCCUGCUGCAGCCCUUCGAAGGGCUCAAGCCCAACAAGAAGAAGCACGAGACUUACUUCAUGAUACAACCGAAAAUUGGAGUACCCCUAGAAGGCUUCGUGCGCGUGCAGCUAAACAUGAAGGUGGACCGAGCUCCCAACAUCCCCAUCAACAACAUCAACAAGUUCCCAGACAUCAUCUUCCCAGUCAUGUGGCUGGAGGAAGGUAUCCACGAGCUCUCAACCCCAAUCUGGCGUUGGAUCUUCCUCGCCACAACCGUCGGUCCAAUCGUAGCCCCCAUCCUAACCUACUCCCUCAUCCUAGCCGGCUUCGCAGCCCUCACCAUAGUAUUCAUUAAGACAUACAAGAGCUUGGUCAUUGGGCAAAAUUCUAUAGAAAUUGUCGAACUAGGGAGACAAACUUUACGACGCGGUUCCACGCUGAUCAUCAACGGCUCCAACAAGAUUUUACCAAACAGAGAUUCAACUUACGCUCCGCUCAAUCAGAAUGAUGAGAAAGUUCAGGAGUUGGGACAGGUCAGGAGUGAAUGCUCAGAGUUAAAGAAUGUUUUGAAGAGUGAGUUUGUGAGGUCUAGUUUUAGUGAUGCCGAACGGGAGUCGUUGAUAAGGUCUGAUAAUACGUUUAUUUUGUCAGAGCAUAGGUUUAAUUAGGUGCCAGGGUUUAGGUGUCUGUCCCCCUGUGGUCUUGUGAUUUUUUGCGCUUGUCAGGGUCUUUUUGAGAUUUGUUAUUCUUCUUUUAUAGUUGUUGCCAGUUUUUUGCCCUUCAAGGAUAUCUGAUGUGUGGGAUAAUUGUUUUUGAAAGUUUAAUAUUUUCUUACUGAGGGUAAGCGAUUAAAAAAAUAAAAAUUGAGGGAGUAAACUAGGGUUUGGGAUAACAGACAGUUAUUUCGAUAUAUUACCUAAAAAAAUACUGGUUUUACAAAUUGUAAUUGACAUUAAUUACUUCUAAAAUAAAUAAACCUAUUUUUACGUCAAAUAUUAGACGAAAUUGAAUUAACUAUUUCACUAUAAAUGCAUUUUAAGUUUUACAGUUAUUUGAUUCAAACCAAGAUUUUAUGUAUUUCUAUUUUUUGACAAUUGACAGAUGUCUAAAGAAUUCUGUCAAAUUAAAAUGACUCUGACAAUGUAAGGCAAAUAAUUAUUCAGUACUUGAUGGUACAAUAUUUUAAAUCGCUUCAUAGGGGGACGGUUUUCAAACGAAAUGGGUAUAAGAGGUCUAAUAUUAUAAAAAAUAAAGAAAUUUCUGAGUUUUGUGUAAACAUCAUUACUGAAAACUUUGUUUCAAAA